UAUUUCCCUUUAAAACCCUAAAAUUCGGCGGUGUGUUUUUUGGUUUCCCAACCUGACAAGGGGACCGAUAAAUUCUUCCUUAAACCCUAAAAUCGUUAGUGUGAGAGGGCGAUGAAGACGAUCACAGGAAAUGUGGUUUCUUCGAAGCCAAUCUCCCUUUCCAAAGCGGCGUCCACUCUCUCCUCCUUUCUCUCCGUCGAUAAUGGCGCUUCGAAAGCGCUCUGUGCCUACCUGAGACGCGCCUCUGCCUCCUUCAACGAGUUAAAGCAGCUUCAUAAGGACCUCAAGUCUUCGCGGUCCGAUCGGAAUCCCCGACAUCACGGAUUCGAGGUUUCAAGUGGUUUAGAGGCUGCUGUAGAUAGUUCACAUCGGAUCGAAAACGGUGAGAGGAUCAAAUCUUCUGUAAAUGAGAGCAAAAGCGGGAAGAAGCGGCGGGAGAGUAGGGAUCGGAAUGAGAACGAGCAGGAUGGGAAAACAGCAAUGGCAAGCGGUGGGAAUGGUGAUUUUGAGGAUGUAGUGGGUGAAGAUGGAAAGAGAAGGAGCGACGAAUUGAAGACUGAAAUUGAAGAAAAACCUAGCCGAAGAGUCGAGGUCGAUGUGAAAUCAAGCGAUAGAGAUGAGAGCGUUGUAGGAAUUGAGAAGAAGAAAAAAAAGCACAAGAAAAAGAGCAAGGAUGGAGAAGAUGAACGUGAUGCUGAAGUCGGGCAAAGUUACGGUAAAUCGCAAACUAGUGCUAAUAAUGGCGAGACUGAAGCUACUGAAGAUUUCAUUGAGAACAAUGUAGGAAGGGGAAAAGAUAGAAAGAAGCAUAAGGACAAGAAUAAUUUGGGGGAUGAAAAGAGGACAAAGAAGGACAAUGAUGAUGAAACAGGUCUUGUGGAGCUGUCGACUAAGGAUAAGAAGAAGAAGAAGAAGAAGAAGAAGAACAGGGAAGAAGAUGAUGACGAUCUUCAAAAUAACGGUGGUGGGGCUAUAGAGAAAGAGAAAAUGCCAGUUUCGGAUUGCCAAGAACUGAAAAGGAAAGAAAGUAAGAAGAGGAAAAAUGGAGACUUGGAAGAAGGGGUAGAUGAUGGUUCAGAGGAGCAGCAGGGUACAAAGAGAAGGAAAAGAAAGUCAUGAGACAAGCAAGGAUGAACUUGUAACUCAUUAUUUGUUAGGAGUUGAUGAAGUCUCUGUAUUGGAAGAUCCCAUGUGCUCACAGCUUAUUGGAAAGUCUGUUUACUAAUUGCUAUCAAUGCCCAUUGAUCUCCGAUGUGUUUAUUGCAAGAAGCAAACAACAACUGCGUGGAAGGCAGCUGCUAUAUGCGAAGGAAAUGUAGAAGGUACAUGAUUUGAUGCAUAUUUAUAGCAUUGCAUCAGGUAACUCUCAGCUGUUAUGAACAUUGUUUUGAGUUAAUGAUAAAAGCUAAUGUAUUCCUAUUCGAUCCAGAGAUGGAUCAGCCUGCAUUGCCCAAA